AUUGAUUACACUUUGUACGGUCUGCGGAAGAUUUAACUCAAUAUGAUCAGUCGGUUGCAGGCUAGACUGCGAUAUCGUUGAAAAUUGACAAACGUGACGGUUUCUCGUAUAACCGUACGAAGGCAAUGAAAAGCAAAAGAUAAUGUUUACCUUUUAUACAUACAUCAUACAAACAAUCAGUAAACAACCGGCUUUGAAAUUCUACGAAGAAAGAAAGUGAAUGAUAACAACUGCAAACGUAACGUUCUCAUGGAAAUACUGUUGCGCACUGUCCUUAAACGUGAUAACUUGUGUACUGACAACACGUGCUUGAAAGUAUCUCGUCAUUCACUGUGUUUAUUGUAGUUAGAAGAUAGCAGCAUCUGCCAGUGAUUCGCGACUGAUUGAAUAAUUCAGUUCAAUUUUGGCAGUGAUAAUGUACGGACUGCAAGGUUCCGCUGUGCUACUGAGUGUGAUUGUGGUGCUUUUUUCUGCAAGCGAAGCAGCCAAAAUUCUCGGGAUUCUUCCCUCGGCAGGAUGGUCUCAUUACGCGAUUGGAGAAGGUAUAAUGAAAGCACUGAGCCGUGCAGGACACGAGGUAACCGUCGUCGGUGCUCACCAUUGGAAGCAGGCGCCAAGCAGUUAUCGUACGAUUGUAUUGGAGGAACUAAAAUUUGAUAAAGCAGGGGCUGAGCCCGAUCUGUUCCAGUACCGAAAUGACCAUAAUUUAAAUGUGCUUUAUCUGUUGUACACGACAAUCGGACCGGGUCUAUCAGAAAUAAUUUUAACCCAUCCAAAUGUGAAAGAGUUGUUAAAAUCUAACGAAUCGUUCGAUGCUGUUAUCGUGGAGAGCUUUGCGAGUGAAGCGUUGUAUGGAUUUGCUCAGCAUUUCAAUGCACCACUGAUUACAUUCUCACCUUUUGGAGCAUCCAUGUGGGCAAACGAACUCGUCGGUACACCAUAUCCUUAUUCACAAAUUCCGCAUACGUUUUUGAGUUACACUGAUCGGAUGACUUUUGGAGAAAGAUUCAUCAAUGCAUUCGUCUGGAAUGUAGAUAGUUUCUACUACAGAAACUUCUUUCUUCCUGGUCAAGAAAUUAUGUAUAAAAAGUAUUUUCCGAACGCCACGAUGCCUCUUCGUCAAGUUAUGAAAAACACUAGCUUAGUGUUUCUGAAUCAACAUUUUAGUUUGAGUUUUCCUCAUCCAUAUGCACCGAACAUGAUUGAGGUGGGCGGAAUACAAAUCAGCGAACCUAAGAAACUACCAGAGGACAUUCAAACAUUCAUCAACAACUCCAAACACGGUGUCAUUUAUUUCAGCAUGGGAUCUAUGCUGAAGGGAUGCAAUUUUCCGGAAGACAAGCGAAAUGCCUUUAUAGAAGCAUUUUCCAAAUUGAAGGAAAAUAUUCUGUGGAAGUAUGAAAAUACCAGUUUACCCAAUAAACCGAAAAAUGUUCUGGUGAAACAGUGGCUAGCCCAAAAUGAUAUACUGGCACACCCGAACGUUAAACUGUUCAUCACUCAUGGAGGGCUGCUCGGUUCGACGGAAGCUUUGUACCACGGUAAACCCAUGCUCGGAAUUCCGAUUUACGGAGAUCAACGGAUGAACAUGGCCCGAGCCGAAAAGGCUGGAUAUGGAGCACAUCUUGAGUAUGAAACCCUGAAUGCGGAAUCGAUUUAUCAAAGUAUCCGAGCUAUUUUGGACGAUGCUUCGUACACUGAAAAUGCAAGGUCAAUUUCCGAGAGAUAUCGCGACAAACCAAUGAGCCCUUCGCAGACGGUUGUGUAUUGGGUGGAAUAUGUCAUCAGACAUCGUGGCGCUCCCCAACUGCGAUCAUCUGCCGUUGAUUUGUCGUAUUUUGAGUAUAACCUGUUCGAUGUUUACGGUUCAUUCGUAUUGCUAGUUGUUCUAUUUUUGGGAAGUUUUAUUUACAUGUUGAGAAACGUUCCGCUAUUAUUUGGCCGAUCGCCGAAUACCAAAAAUAGUAACAACAAGAAAUCUGAUUAAACUAGCAUAUUUUUACGAUGCAGGUGACGUUUUCAUACUGGUAUCAGAGAUUAGGAGAUAAGAUUGUUGCCAAAUUAGGUCAAAAUUUAGGUAAUUUUUUAUAAGAUAGAAAUAUCACUAUUAAAUCAUAUGAUUAUAGCUCCACUCAUUAAUACAACCAAAAUUGACAGGUAUAUAUAGUGAAAACGAAAACUUGCAGCAUCAAUGAAAAUAUAGCGUUCUUAUACUAUAGUGAGCAUAGCUGGUCUAAACUAUUACUUGUACGAUGUUAAGUGAUCCGCGUAUCUGUGCAAUAUAUGUUAGUAUAUAAUGUUUUGUUCCAAUAAUAGCACCGUCAAUUAUAGGAUGGCAUCGAACAUUUGUAAAUAUUAGGAAAAAGAAAUAGUUUAUGUUAAACAAUUUGAAAUUCUGUGAAGUAUCUAAUUAGAGUAAUAAAAAACAAUGUUCAAGAAUA